AUGUCUUCUUCAGUUUCUAAAUUGGAUACAAUAUUUUUAGACAAACACGUGGACGAGAGUCCUAGUUGUGGAUCCUCUCCAAACAAGGCUUUAUAUGGAGUCCUUGCAAUUGUUGAAUGGCAAAAGAAAAAGAAGGAAACCUGUAAGGACAUAAAGAAGAUCUGUCGAGAAGGAGCUGCAGCAGUUAAGCUCUUGGAAAGAGGCUACAGGAAUAGCCAAAAACAGAAGAAAAUAAAGAGCCCUCAUCAAGAAAAUUGGACGGAGCCCAGAAAACAACGCAUGUGGAUAGGCAAUAGGCAAAAGAAAAAAAAGGAAAUCUGUAAGAACAUAAAGAAGAUCUGUCGAGAAAGAGCUGCAACAGUUAAGCUCUUGGAAAGAGGCUACAGGAAUAGCCAAAAACAGAAGAAAAUAAAGAGCCCUCAUCAAGAAAAUUGGACGGAGCCCAGAAAACAACGCAUGUGGAUAGGCAAUAGGCAAAAGAAAAAAAAGGAAAUCUGUAAGAACAUAAAGAAGAUCUGUCGAGAAGGAGCUGCAGCAGUUAAGCUCUUGGAAAGAGGCUACAGGAAUAGCCAAAAACAGAAGAAAAUAAAGAGCCCUCAUCAAGAAAAUUGGACGGAGCCCAGAAAACAACGCAUGUGGAUAGGCAAUAGGCAAAAGAAAAAAAAGGAAAUCUGUAAGAACAUAAAGAAGAUCUGUCGAGAAAGAGCUGCAACAGUUAAGCUCUUGGAAAGAGGCUACAGGAAUAGCCAAAAACAGAAGAAAAUAAAGAGCCCUCAUCAAGAAAAUUGGACGGAGCCCAGAAAACAACGCAUGUGGAUAGGCAAUAGGCAAAAGAAAAAAAAGGAAAUCUGUAAGAACAUAAAGAAGAUCUGUCGAGAAAGAGCUGCAACAGUUAAGCUCUUGGAAAGAGGCUACAGGAAUAGCCAAAAACAGAAGAAAAUAAAGAGCCCUCAUCAAGAAAAUUGGACGGAGCCCAGAAAACAACGCAUGUGGAUAGGCAAUAGGCAAAAGAAAAAGAAGGAAAUCUGUAAGAACAUAAAGAAGAUCUGUCGAGAAAGAGCUGCAACAGUUAAGCUCUUGGAAAGAGGCUACAGGAAUAGCCAAAAACAGAAGAAAAUAAAGAGCCCUCAUCAAGAAAAUUGGACGGAGCCCAGAAAACAACGCAUGUGGAUAGGCAAUAGGCAAAAGAAAAAGAAGGAAAUCUGUAAGAACAUAAAGAAGAUCUGUCGAGAAGGAGCUGCAGCAGUUAAGCUCUUGGAAAGAGGCUACAGGAAUAACCAAAAACAGAAGAAAAUAAAGAGCCCUCAUCAAGAACAUUGGACGGAGCCCAGAAAACAACGCAUGUGGAUAGGCAAUAGGCAAAAGAAAAAGAAGGAAACCUGUAAGGACAUAAAGAAGAUCUGUCGAGAAAGAGCUGCAACAGUUAAGCUCUUGGAAAGAGGCUACAGGAAUAGCCAAAAACAGAAGAAAAUAAAGAGCCCUCAUCAAGAAAAUUGGACGGAGCCCAGAAAACAACGCAUGUGGAUAGGCAAUAGGCAAAAGAAAAAAAAGGAAAUCUGUAAGAACAUAAAGAAGAUCUGUCGAGAAAGAGCUGCAACAGUUAAGCUCUUGGAAAGAGGCUACAGGAAUAGCCAAAAACAGAAGAAAAUAAAGAGCCCUCAUCAAGAACAUUGGACGGAGCCCAGAAAACAACGCAUGUGGAUAGGCAAUAGGCAAAAGAAAAAGAAGGAAAUCUGUAAGAACAUAAAGAAGAUCUGUCGAGAAAGAGCUGCAACAGUUAAGCUCUUGGAAAGAGGCUACAGGAAUAGCCAAAAAUAG